AGGCGGGCACUGGAUGACAGAGUGGAAGGCGUGAUCUCCCCUCAGCAGCUCUCUCUCUAUCUCCAUGCCUGCAUUUGUGUAACACUGAAGCAUCGCGGUUUGUUUACUGUGUGUCGUGUACACGGUGUAGAAUCCCGGAGUAAUGGUGCGCUGUGACUCUUGCCUGUAAGUCUGGCUCUGUGCUGUGGAGACUCCCCGCAGUCAGUGUGCACCUGGAGGCGGAUUAGAGGAAGCUCCACUGGGGAAAGACGAGCUAAACGCCGCUCAGAUGAGGUGAUGGGCUCCGACAGGCUUUCGCACUGCCCUCGUAAGAAAACCAACCAUGUUUCUCAUGAAUACCGAAGCAGUAAAAACUACACACCAGUCAAUCAAAGUAAUCCGGGCGGGUGGAUGGCGAGGAUUAGAGGAAUGGAGAUAGGUGUCCGCUUCCGUUAUUAUUUCCAGCACCCAUGGUCGCGCCUGGUUGUAGCCUACCUUGUCACCUUCUUCAACUUCCUCAUCUUUGCUGAAGACCCUGUAUCCCACAGCCAGACGGAGGCACACAUGAUUGUUGUGGGAAACUGUUUCUCUUUCAUAGUGAAUAAGUAUCCAGGUGGAGGGUGGAACUUCCUGAAGGUGCUGAUGUGGAUUCUGGCGAUCUGCACAGGACUCAUUGCUGGGAAGUUCUUCUUCCAUCGAAGGCUGUUUGGGCGGUUCCUACGAUUGAAGAUGUUUCGUGAGGACCAUGGCUCCUGGAUGACCAUGUUCUUUAGCACUAUCCUUUUCCUCUUCAUCUUCUCUCACAUCUACAACCUCUUCCUCCUCAUGACUGAAGGCAUGAGCACUCACAUGGUUACAGAGUACAUGGGCAUAAGGAAUGAGAGUUUUAUGAAAAUGGCUGCCGUUGGUACGUGGAUGGGAGACUUUGUGACUGCGUGGAUGGUGACAGACAUGAUGCUGCAGGACUCACUGUACCCGGACUGGGGACGAGCAGCUCGACACUUCUGGAAACAGGGCAACAACAGAAUCGUGCUCUUCUGGACAGUGUUGAUUUCCCUGACCUCUGUGGUGGUAUUGGUUAUUAGUACAGACUGGAUUAGUUGGGAUAAUCUGAACCGAGGGUUCUUACCUAGCGAUGAAGUCUCUCGAGCCUUCCUCGCCUCCUUUAUUCUUGUCUUCGACCUCCUCAUCGUCAUGCAGGACUGGGAGUUUCCCCAUUUCAUGGGAGAUUUGGAUAUGAACCUACCUGGCCUGUCUACAACUCAGCUAAAAUUUAAACUCCCAGUCUGCAAGCGGAUCUUCAAGGAGGAGUAUCAUAUACACAUCACAGGUAAAUGGUUUAACUAUGGCAUCAUCUUCUUGGUCCUCAUUCUUGACUUAAACAUGUGGAAGAACCAGAUCUUCUAUAAGCCCUAUGAGUAUGGCCAGUACGUUGGGCCAGGAGAGAAGAUCUACACAGUAGAGGAGCCAGACACUCUUAGCCACUUCAACCGCAGCACGCUAACGUGGGAAUGGCGAUCGACUAACGUAGACCCCCGCACCAACCUCACAUACAUCCACAGAGACAUGUUUCUCCACAGCCGCUACAUUGGUGCCAGCCUGGAUGUCAAGUGCUUGGCAUUCAUUCCAAGCUUAGCUGCCUUUAUCCUCUUUGGUUUCUUCAUCUGGCUUUUCGGACGUUUCCAGGACAGUGACACGUUCGUGGAGAGCCAGGACAAGACUUACGAGCGCAUCAAACGUAAGUCGCCCUCAGAUUUGGGCGUCACACCUGAGGAGGUUCAUGUAUCAAUGAGUGAGACCCUGAAAAGGAGUGGCACUCCAGUGUUGCUGCUAGUGGAUACUCACCAUUUCGGGUCCUCAACUAACUCCAUAUCCCCCUGUUCUAAUGAGACCCAGGAGACACAACCUAGCAGUUCUGUAGAUAAAGCAGCAUGUGCCGAAGCUGCAGAUGUUAACAAACUGACUCCAUAACCUUAAGCAAAGCUAAUAUAAACUCUGGAGAGUUGAGUUAUGUUUCUGCCGAGCUCCUCCAACUCCAUCCUUGCCUUGAUGGGAUCAUUAAUGAUGACCAAGCCAAUAACUGAACACAUGCCUCUAACACAGGGCCUGCAAAGGGACAUUGUAAGCUGGCAGUUAAAUUCUUCAGAGACCUGCUUUCAAACUUGUAAUAGAGGAGCUCACAUAAAAUUGAACAGUGUGUUUUCUACAUUUUAAUAAGCUUUUCAAGAGACUACUAGUGGCACUGAAAUUUUGGUACUUCUAAUAGUUCAACUUUCUUUUCAUUAGAGUAUUGUAUAUGGUCCAACGGUGCUUAACAUUUUAUUUUUUUUACAUAUUUUUAUUGAGCUCCUUUGGUGCCUACAUGGAAAAUCUGUUUAUAUACCAAAUGCAUGGCAAAGUAGUCAUGAGAAUUAAUCGGCAGAAAAAUCUGUGCCUUCAGUAGUUGUGUCCAUUAUUGGACAAUAGAGGUGAAAGGUCUUUUGAGACAUCAUUACAUUAUAUUAAUCUGUUAUGCAAUACAAUGUGUUCAGAGUGUGUCUGGUAUUAGCAUUUUAUCAUUAUAUUUACAAUGAAUUAAAACAUUUUCUUUUAAAAAAUCACACCAAAACCAAUUAUACCAAAUAGAAAGCUGAAAAAAAUAGUAAUCAUCAUAUGGUCAUUCAAUAAAUUGUUGAAUUUUCACACAGAACUUGACUGUUUGUCAUUUAAGUAACAGCCAAUCCAUCAAGAUAUUAUGGGUAUAUAUAUUAUAAUAUAUUAUAUUUUGCAUAUAUUUUGCUGGGACUGAUUACUUCUUGUUCCUAUUAAGAUUUUAUGUCAUUAGUCUCAUGUUUCUUUGAUGAAUUUCCAAGACUGUCAUUUCGUCUUUACAUCUAGUGGCACAACAAAUAAAAACUGAGAUCUGUCUAUUAUAUAUGAUCUCUGUCAUUCAUUUGUUGAAGAGGUUUGACAUGACCAAAGUUUUUGUCUGUAUAUUUGCUUCUGUUUUUGUUCAUUUCACAUUAUGCUGUUAAAUUGUUUUUCUUUUCAAAGAAAAUAUGAACAUGUUUAUUGAUUUGCAUGUCUCAAGUAUUGUUAUAGAUAAAUGACAUUCAGCAUCUGAUCAGUGAUGCUUUCUUGAUGAAGUCUGGGUUGUUGUUUUGUGUACUGGUGAAAAUGAUGCUGCUGGUCUUGAAACGCUUCCAGAAGACCAACUGUUUCCAUUUCAAAUAGGCUCGGUCCACAGUGACCCUGUUGCCAAGCAACUCUUCAGGGCUGACCUCUUCCAGCUGCUGCCCCAAUUAGUUCAUUAGGGAGGGAAAAUAACUUUGUGCAGCCAAGGCAAACCAAGUCGUUUAGAGGAAAAUUUGGUAAAUGACCAUC